UUUUUUUUCAAAGGUGCAGUAGGAUUCCUAUUUUGCUCCUGCUUUCAAGGGCAUGGACUUAGUACCGAUGAUCAAAGCCAACGCGCGCCCUUUAAUGCUUUUAAGUCUGGUUAAUUCUGCCUGCGCUUCUUCUUCGUGGGUUAAUGGUGCAGCGCAACACACCGACGGAGAAUACCGAUUGGUGACCGCUUCGGCCUUUUGCUCCGGUGCUGCAUCUUCGGCUGCUGUGAGCUGCUGCAAAGCGGGCGAGUUGCAUUGGCGUCGACGGGAUGACAUGAAAACAACAACAACAGCAUAUUUUAUGCGCGCGUGCUGUGAUCGACGGAGAUGACACGUAAACAGAAGAUUGUGUUUGUUUUGUGCAGCAAUGAGGCAGGGGGUGGAUAGUCGCCACAGAGACGCUGGGCUCCGGCCAAACAUCUCUGCGUUUUAGCACCUAUUCCAUGCUCCGGAUUUGCAUUUGCUGCAUCGCUGAUCGACCGAGUUCUCUGUUCUCCAUUUUUUUUUUUUUUUUUUUUGUGUGCAAAGUGCAUGGUGGAUGGAAGAUGCAGUUGCAUUGAGGACACCCCCCCCUCCGGAUAUCAAUUCCUGCCAUGACAGGCAGAGGUCUGCUCUCGACCGCGGUGGUUCGGCCGGCUGGAGAAGAGGCAGAUUGAUUCGGGACUGUGGGUCAUAUCUGCGGAUGUUAUUCUGCCGGUGGAGCCUGUAAAAAAAACCAAAAACUGCUCAGUCAAAAACACACCCGCGAUUGUCACUCAGGGAAAAGCGAAAGAGAAAACAUGUCCUCUCGAUCUGCAUUACCGUCUGGAAACGACAGGAGUACUGGCGACCAUCAUGUGUUGCUGGGGGCCAGCCGCUCUGACAAGGCUACAAGUCAGUCCAGCCGUUCGCUUGGCGCCCGGUGCAGGAACUCUAUCGCCUCCUGCUCUGACGAGCAGCCACACAUCGGCAACUAUCGUUUACUCAAGACCAUCGGGAAGGGAAAUUUUGCCAAGGUCAAGUUGGCACGCCACAUCCUGACAGGCAGAGAGGUUGCAAUAAAAAUCAUAGACAAAACUCAGUUGAAUCCAACCAGCCUACAAAAGCUCUUUCGGGAGGUACGAAUAAUGAAAGGCUUAAAUCACCCCAACAUAGUGCAGCUGUUCGAGGUGAUUGAGACAGAUAAGACCCUUUACCUGAUCAUGGAGUAUGCUAGUGGAGGUGAAGUGUUUGACUACCUCGUGUCUCAUGGAAGAAUGAAGGAGGUUGAAGCCAGAGCCAAAUUUCGACAGAUUGUUUCUGCUGUCCACUAUUGCCACACUAAGAAUAUUGUCCACAGAGAUUUGAAGGCAGAGAAUCUUCUGCUGGAUGCUGACGCCAAUAUCAAGAUCGCCGAUUUCGGUUUCAGCAAUGAAUUCACACUGGGUAACAAACUGGACACAUUCUGCGGCUCGCCGCCCUACGCUGCCCCCGAACUUUUCCAGGGAAAGAAAUAUGAUGGACCCGAAGUGGAUGUCUGGAGUCUUGGAGUCAUCCUGUACACACUGGUCAGCGGCUCGCUGCCUUUUGAUGGGCAGAACUUGAAGGAGCUGAGGGAGCGUGUGCUAAGGGGAAAGUACCGCGUUCCCUUUUACAUGUCCACAGACUGUGAAGGGAUCCUUCGUCGAUUCCUGGUGCUCAAUCCCGCCAAACGCUGCACCCUUGAUCAAGUCAUGAAGGACAAGUGGAUAAAUUCAGGGUAUGAGGGUGAGGACCUAAAGCCCCAUAUAGAACCUAUUGAAGACUACAGCGAUCCGGCCCGCAUAGAGGUGAUGGUCGGCAUGGGCUUUACCCCAGAGGAAAUCAAGGACUCUCUGCUCAAUCAGAAAUACAAUGAGGUCACCGCUACCUACUUACUGCUGGGCCGCAAAGGCGAUGAGGGCAGCGAGGCCCGCACAGCCAGUACCCUGUCCUUGGCAAGGGUACGACCCAGCCCUAUAACCAAUGGAACCAACAAACACUCUUCAGCAGCUACAGGCUCCUCUUCCUCCUCCACCUCCUCCUCACACAGUAAGACACAGCGCAGUGCCUCCACUUACCACAGGCAGCGACGACACAGCGACUUCUGCGGGCCUUCCAUGCCCGUCAUGCACCCCAAACGGAGCCCAACAAGCACCGGCGAGCGGGAGCUGCGAGAGGGACGAAUGCCUUCACGUAAGGCCAGUUGCAGCGUGAUGGGAAGCCACAGCCUCCCUCCUUCUAGUCCAAUGGUUAGCAGCGCCAACAACCCCAACAAGUCGGAGAUACCAGACCGCCGUAAAGACAUGACCGCCACCACAAACAACAUCCCUGGAAGCGCUAUGACACGUCGAAACACAUACGUGUGCACGGAUCGCUCAGGGACUGACAGGCACUCUCUCUUGCAGAAUGGCAAAGACAACAGCUCUCUGGGCCACCGCAUGCCUGCAGCGUCUCCCUCCACACUCAGCAUUUCUGGGGCCGGAGCCACAUCUUCCUCUUCUUCGGACCGAUGCCGCUUGACCCGAGGCUCUACAAUCCGCAGCACCUUUCACGGGGGACAGCUGAGGGACCGUGGCCCUCCGAUUUACUCAGCCCCGCCCACUUCACCCACCCUGUCCCACCAUGAUGCCAGCCCGCUGCCCCAUGCUCGCACCAGGGCCACCUCCAACCUCUUCACCAAGCUGACCUCCAAACUCACUCGCAGGGUCAACCUUGACCCGUCCAAGCGCCAGGGCUCAAACAAAUCAGUGUCGGGUUGCACUCUUCCACAAGGAUCAAAAACCGUUAGGUCACAAAUGAAUCUGAGGGAAUCAGGAGAUUUGCGGUCACAAGUUUUGCAAACUUACAAACGUUGUGUCUACCUUUCCAGUUGCCAUCUACCUGGGUAUCAAAAAGCGUCCGAGCCCAGGGCCGUCGGACGUGGCCGGGAUCUGAGAAGCAGUGGGCGGCGGGACCCUGCGGAGGUUGUACUGGCUCUGCGGGAGGCAGCACUCGGAUGCAGCUGCCAGGUGCACCGUGCCGGCCCCUUUCUGCUCUCCUGCACCCAUGGCGUGGCAGGGGGCCGCGUGGCUUUUGAGGCAGAGGUGUGCCAUCUUUCCACGGGCGCCUCUGGGACUUCAAACGGGGUGCGCUAUACACGACUCUGGGGGGCACCACUAGCUUUUCGGGACAUCGCCACCCAAAUAUCCAAGGAUCUUGAACUCUGAGUGGCGGGUGUGGGGAUGUGUCAGUGUGUGUGCGAGUGUUAGAAAGGGUAUUUAUGUGUGGGAAAAGGACAACUUUAGAAUAAUGGAGCAGAGAAGUGGCAAGUGGAAAUACUAACUUCUCUUCCUAGUUUCUUCACAACUACCACACAUGUAGACACACACACACACACACACUGAGGAAACCACCCCCCUCACCCCAAGCCACUCCCACACCUCCCUCCAUCCCGUCACCCCACAAAAGCUCAGCUCUCCCCGUUGAGAAACUUCACCCUCUGGACCUGGAUCUGACUGAAUCUAUUUCAAUAUUUUUUACUACUACUACUCUAGCCAUAAUUAUUCUUUUUUAAUUUAUUGCUCUGAUGGUUGUUUUUAUCCAGUAUUAUUUUUACUAGUGCAGAAAAACAUCAUUCAUUGUGUUUGAGCGACCAGCCCGUCCUCUUUUUCAAUAUUGAUAUCUGUUCAUAUUUACAUCCACCAUUCAAUUUUUCCAUACACUUCUGGACAUAACAUAUGGAGAUGGUCUGGCUAUGUGUCAGACAAGCAAUCGAAGUGGGUCGCUUCGAUUAGUCCCCAUCGCUACGUACUACAGUGACGACUGCGCUGGAUUAAGGUCACUGGGAGCAGGGUUGGCCAGUCAGAAUCUGACUAACACUAAUGAGUCUGUGACAUCUUCAGCUUAACGAGGCGGUGGGUUUGUGGCUUCUCAAUCACAUUUCCGGGUGGCAGAUGAGCAGGAAAAAAAAUGCUUUUGAGUCUCAACAAAGAAGCUGCAGACAGCUCAUUCAAUGAAUAGAGCUUUUUUUGUUUGUUUUCAAAUGGAAAUGUACUCAUUAGAUGUUUACAUACAGUUAUGCCACAAAAUAUUAAUACCCUGGCCAAAUUUGGACUUAAAAGUCGUUUUUAAUUUCAUAAGAAUGGGUCUCAUAACUGCAAAUCAUGCCCGAAAGGGGUAAACGACUGUAAUCCCCCUGCCCAUGUCAACAUAAAAUUUGGAGGGGGCCCUCUGAAGAAUAAAAUUUGGAAGGGGGCCUCUGAAGGAGCCAAGAAUAUGGUGCUACAUCCUUGCAUCCAUUUUCUGUACUGCUUGUGAGCUGGAGCCUAUCCCAACAUAUUUUGGACAAGAGGAAGGGUAACCCUGGACGGGUUGCAAGUCAAUCACAGACAAAUAUAGACAGAUAACGAUUCACACUAACAUUCACACCUAGGGCUCUAUUUUCAGGACCGGGGUAAAUCCGGCGAGCGACGCGAUUGUGUGCCAGGGGCGGGUUAGACGGUAUUGGUACUUUUGUAGACCAGAUCACACCGACCGAUCCGAGAAUGGGUGGGCUGCAUCACUGUGGGCGUGUCUACAGUCGACAUCUUUCUGACAUGGCGACAUCUCUGUGCAAAAGACGACGAUGCGUAAUCUCAGUGAUCCGUGCAAUUGUCACAGCACUUGGUCGGCGUGACAACAGGCAGUGUGAGCGGGUACCCUUAAUAAAUACAAUUGAAGCCUGUGGUAACUGCUAGCCACUUAAAUAUGUCCGCAGACUUCAUGUAUCUGUCCCCACCCUCCAUAGCUGUGCCAGCCAUGUGGGAUGAUUUAAGAAAAUAUAAUAAUGACAAUGAUAAUAUUAAUAGAAAUAAUGCAUUCAAUUAAUUGUUUUCGACAAUGAUUCAGAUGGUUAGAUGCCCGCUGUUUACAUAUUUAUGAAUGGAAUACAUCUGACAUCCACCAGACUUCCACCAGUCUGCGGAGCUUGCGUAUCCGUCUGCCUGUGCACCCAUCAAAUUCACCAAAAUCGCAUUAGACCAGCUGUGCUAAACUUUAGAUGUGGUGUAAGUUUAGACUGACUUUCUGCCACCAAAUUGUCACUGCGCCCACGGUUAUGUCAAAGGACACACCUUUGCCAAUUUUCCAAAUUGGAAAAUGCGCAGCGAGCCUUGCACUUGCACGAAAACUACAACCCCAAUUCCAGUGAAGUUUGGACGUUGUGUUAAACAUAAAUAAAAACAGAAUACAAUGAUUUGCAAAUCAUGUUCAACCUAUAUUUAAUUGAAUACACUACAAAGACAAGAUAUUUAAUGUUCAAACUGAUAAACUUUAUUGUUUUUAGCAAAUAAUCAUGAACUUAGAAUUUUAUGGCUGCAACACAUUCCAAAAAAGCUGGGACAGGGUCAUGUUUACCACUGUGUUACAUCACCUUUUCUUUUAACAACAUCCAAUAAACGUUUGGGAACUGACGACACUAAUUGUUGAAGCUUUGUAGGUGGAAAUGUUUCCCAUUCUUGCUCAAUGUACAGCUUCAGCUGUUCAACAGUCCGGGGUCUCCGUUGUCAUAUUUUACGCUUCAUUAUGCGCCACACAUUUUCAAUGUGAGACAGGUCUGGACUGCAGGGAGGCCAGUCUAGUACCCGCACUCUUUUACUACGAAGCCACGCUGUCGUAACACGUGCAGAAUGUGGUUUGGCAUUGUCUUGCUGAAAUAAGCAGGGGCGUCCAUGAAAAAGACGUCGCUUGGAUGGCAGCAUGUUUCUCCAAAACCUGUAUGUACCUUUCAGCAUUAAUGGUGCCUUCACAGAAGUGUAAGUUACCCAUGUCAUUGGCACUAACACAGAUGCUAGCUUUUGAACUUUGCGUCCAUAACAGUCCGGAUGGUUCUUUUCCUCUUUGGCCCGGAGGACACGACAUCCACAAUUUCCCAAAACAACUUGAAAUGUGGACUCGUCGGACCACAGAACACUUUUCCACUUUUCAUCAGUCCAUCUUAGAUGAGCUCGGGCCCAGAGAAGCCGGCGGCGUUUCUGGGUGUUGUUGAUAAAUGGUUUUUGCUUUGCAUAGUAAGUUGCACUUACGGAUGUAGCGCCGAACUGUAUUCAUGACAUUGGUUUUCUGAAGUGUUCCUGAGCCCAUGUGUUGAUAACUUUUACACAUUGAUGUCGGUUUUUGAUGCAGUGCCGGCCGAGGGAUCGAGGUCACGGGCAUUCAAUGUUGGUUUUCGGCCCUGCCGCUUACAUGCAGUGAUUUCUCCAGAUUCUCUGAACCUUUUGAUGAUAUUAUGGACCGUAGAGGAUGAAAUCCCUAAUUCCUUGCAAUUGUACAUUGAGGAACAUUGUCCUUAAACUGUUGGACUAUUUUCUCACGCACUUGUUCACAAAGAGGUGAACCUCGCCCCAUCUUUGCUUGUGAAUGACUGACCAAUUCAGGGAAGCUCCUUUUAUACCCAAUCAUGGCACGCACCUGUUCCCAAUGAGCCUGUUCACCUGUGGGAUGUUCCAAACAGGUGUUUGAUGAGCAGUCCUCAACUUUCUUUUUUGAAAUCUGUCCCAGCUUUUUUGGAACAUGUUGCAGGCAAAAAAAUUCUAAGUUCAUGAUUAUUUGCUAAAAACAAUCAAGUUUAUCAGUUUGAACAUUAAAUAUCUUGUCUUUGUAGUGCAUUCAAUUAAAUAGAGGUUGAACAUCAUUUGCAAAUCGUUGUAAUCUGUUUUUAUUUAUGUUUAACACAACGUCCCAACUUCAUUGGAAUGGGGGUUGUAGGAAAUGCCAGCUUUUGCGCCUUGCCGCAGAUGCAAUUUAGAGUCUUCAGUUAACCUUUCAAGUGGGUUUUCUGGGACAAUGUUCCUCUGGAGUAGAACAAAUUAUUGCGUUUUUCACAAUCGUCUGAUCAGCCAUGUCAAUAAUUUUCAAAAUGUAAAACAAUGCAAAUGGCAAAUAAUAUUAUCUCCAACACAAGUCUUUUACUUCUUUAUUUCCAGACAGAAGAUACCUUGUCAACAAUUAGAUUUUCACUUUAACUCCAUCUAAAAUUUCCCCAGGGUAUUAAUAAUCUCAGGCUUAACUGUGCAUAGAACAGAUUUCAGCUUUCUUUCGUUAUCAUGCGUGUUCGGAGCAUCAGAAUUUUCCAACCUGUCAUGGUGCGUCAUCCCGUCGCCUUUUCGUUAAACGCAUAGCACUGAAAGCAGCAAUUCUGACACACACUUGAGAGAAUCCAUCCAACCUGUAGCCCUCAUUCACUUCAAUGUUUAUGAAGUACGGUUUCACGGUGUCGUGGGCAGCUGAGCAUGAGGCAAUUCCUAUUGCCCUUUAGUGUAGCCUGUCGUGCCAUCACAACUGGCUUACAUUCAGUGCAAUGCAGCACUUGUGCCCAUCUCUGCGCCCUGCACGGUCACCACAUCAUCACCAAAAGAGUGGAUGAGCCAAGUAGCAAAACCCAUCAGAGUACACAGAAAAACACACUCCACCCUCUUCUUGUUGUGGCACAGUAUAUGAACUUGUCUGUCCAUCCUCGAUGACUGCGGGCUGUUGCUAUAAAAGGGAAGUACCCUGGAAAGGCAUGAUGAAGGCAUUGUGGACGUUUUUUUUUUCACCCCCUUCUUCUUUUUAGUCCAGUUGCCUUUAAAGUGAACUACCCCAGCGCCUUCACAUGGUAUAUAUUUAAUGUACAAAAAGGAAGAGAAAGAAAGACUGCUUUCUAUUCUCUCCCCAUGUUUUUAGUGAAUACCGUACUGUGAUAUUUACGUAGGCUGCAGAGAUCAUGUUGUUUGGCUGCUGAUUUACUGUUAAUACUAUUUCUCAAUUGUGGCUUUUCUCAUGGUGACCCCCAAACCAACACCCAUCAUCCCCCCAUGUCCAUUUCCUUUUCGUACCUACCAAAUCAAGCAACUCUAUUAAACAGGGAUGCCAACCUCCACUGUCAACUACCUUCAAGUUCAGUCAUUCCAAUAAGCAUCUGGCUUUCCUCAACCUUGAGACCCUGUUUUCUCAUUGUACUGGGGGCUAAUGUAUGACAUCUUCUCAUUGCUGCUUGGUGUGUGCUUUUUCAGCCAGGGAGUGGGGAGACUGGGUUUGACCUAACCUCUUCUUUAGGGUGAAAAGCAGUGUGGACACCAGGAGUCUGUCCCUGUCUUCUGCCUCGUUGUGGUAUAUAUAUUUGCAUUAGGUAAUAGAGACCUCAAUGCACUUUGCUUUGACUUGAAUCAGCUCCUUCCAGUGGACCUUUAUGGGAUACCCACAACUAGCCACUGGAGGGCGCCAAUGUCUUAAAUGUGAAACACUUCAAUUUGUGGAUAUUUGCACAGGUACUUAAUUUAUUUUUUAGAAUAUCAUUAAAACAGGAUUUAUAUCAGUCAGUUGUUGACUGUAUAUACAAUUUAUGAAAAUAGUAUAUAUCUUAGAGCUCAAGGUUUAUUUAUAGCUAGAGCAAGAGAACGUCAAUCUAUUUUAAAGCUGUUUCUGUCAGUGACAAUGGGUAAACCAACCCACUUGCAAACCCGCAUGACUUCAGUGUUUGGAUUUAAAGGGAGAAAUGAAACACGAUGCACAGCUAGGAUCGGUAGCUUUGUGAAACGCAGACAUAUUUGAACGUAAAUCUAUACACUAUCAAGAAAUAAGUGCUUGGUAUGGCUGCAAGCUUUUUCCCCUCUCACUUAUGGACAGACAGCCUUUGGGUAUAACACAGUGACUUUACAUUGUUCACUACAUUCAGGGCAUCUUCAGGCUCAUUAAAAGGUAGACCUGGAAUUAGAAAUGUACCCACAUAAUAUACUGAAAGAAAGCAUGUAGUUUUCCAUCCCUAUUUAAAUUGGGACUUAAACUGUUUACCUUAAACUGAAUCUGAUCCUUAACGUUAUCAAAGCCCCGUGUUGCAUUCAAGCCAUAGAAAGCUAUGCCACUGACUUGGUUGUAUAUCAGGUGAAGCAUUGCAGUGGAACCAACUGAAGACAAAAAAAAAAGGCCGAGCAAACAACUCACUCUUAGGGGGAGAAUGGAUGAACACGGUGCAAUUUUUAAAUUAAACUAUUUUUUUUUAUUUUAUUUUAAUUUUUUUAUUUUAACUUCAGUGGUAAACGUGGUUUUGACAGAAGGUGCAGUAUUUUUAAUCCCAGAGGGCUCAGUAUUAAACACGCACCGCUGUUUCAAAACAGAUUUUGAAAAGGAAAAAAAAAUGUUGGUGUAUGCAAAAGAGCCUCGAUGAGACUGAUAAAAUGCUUGGUAGCCUUUUCACUGCUUUGCUCUUUUAAUUCCUCCCCAACAGAAACCAACUGUAAACUGAGCUUGAGUGGUUGUGAUAUCUAAAGGAGAACAUGGAGUUGAAGAUUAAUAAAAUUCACUGAUGUUGGCA